AUGAUUUUGAUUUUAGAAUUUUUGGAGGAAAAGAAUUUUGAUCCCGUCAAGAUGUUCAUUAACUUUGUUAAAGGUGACAUAAUCGCUAGAUUCAAAUCAUAUGAUGCCAUUCUCAUCAACGAAGGAUUUACUCCUGCAUUUUUAGCCCUCCAUAGGAUGUGGAGAUGCUUCGGAAACCCCAGUGAAACAGAAGUGGAGAAUGCUCUUACUCAAAUAGAUAUUGAGUUUAGAAAUGAAUCUGAAAAUCCCAAUAAAAAAGAGGUGGAGAAUGCUCUUACUCAAAUGGAUACUGAGUCGAGGAAUGAACCUAAAAACCCCAAUGAAAAAGAGGUGGAGAAUGUUUUUACCCAAAUGGAUACUAAGUUGAGAAAUGAACCUGAAAAUCCCAAUAAUGAUAAAUCCACAGAAGAAAAUGAAAAUAAUUCAAAUUCAGAAAAUGAUUCGAUUACGAUGAUCGAACCCUCAAAGAACGUUAAACAAAAUACUGUAGCCUAUGAUCAAGAAGUAGACGAGGACGUUAAACAAAGUAAUGAAGAUGAGGAACAAGAAAUAGACGACCUUUUUACUAUGUAUUAG